CCCAAAGUCUUCACUGGUGGGCUCCAUCACUUUACAGCAGUGGGUAUUUGGUACAAAUUGGGACCAAAGUCAACAAACCCCACACGGAUUCAACCAUUAGAAUAGUUUCAGUUUGGUCAAAGAAUGGACUUACCGAACUGUUCUUUACCUUAAGCUUUCCGUCUAAAGAAAUCCAUAUCGUGUCAUGUGUAAUCUAAAUUGUGCUACUACAGAACAUUUGGGAGUUUGUCGAAUGCUUUUUAUAAUUCCAUUGUAAUAUAUCUUCUGAUUAAUGUCGAGUAACACAUUUGGGAGUCCACCACCGUCAGACAGUGGAGGAGACAGCACUUAUUGCCGUAGGUUUGGUAGUCCUCUUAGUGAAGAUCGUUAUAGUGGUUCUCGUGGUUAAAAAAAUGCCAGAAAAGAAGUCAAGUUCUCGUGGUUCGAGAAAGCCAGGAAAGAAGUCGGACAGGCAUCUCUUUCCUUAAUCCCGACUUCCGGGCACUCACAAUGGACAAGUUUCUAAAUGAUAUGGAAAGAGAGAAGCCCAUCAGGUUCACUUCUCAACAUCUUCGGAUUGCAACUGAUAACUUCACCAACUUGUUGGGGCAAGGAGGAUUUGGUGCAGUUUAUAAAGGGAUAUUUAGUGAUGGAACCCUUGUAGCAGUGAAGGUUCUAAAUGGGAGCUCAGACAAGAGAAUAGAGGAACAAUUUAUGGCAGAAGUAAGUACAAUUGGAAAAAUUCAUCAUUUCAAUCUGGUCCGUCUUUAUGGCUUCUGCUUUGGGAAAUACCUCAGAGCACUUGUUUAUGAGUACAUGGGAAAUGGAUCGCUUGACAAGUUCUUAUUUCAUAGCAACAAGGACUUAGGAUUUGAAAAGCUUCAUGAAAUUGCGGUGGGGACAGCGAGAGGGAUUGCUUACUUGCAUGAAGAAUGCCAACAACGAAUAGUCCAUUACGAUAUAAAGCCUGGAAACAUUCUUUUGGAUGCAAAUUUCUUUCCAAAAGUAGCUGAUUUCGGUUUGGCCAAGCUCUGUAACAGGGAUAAUACUCAUAUAACCAUGACUGGGGGCAGAGGCACUCCUGGUUAUGCUGCACCGGAAGUUUGGAUGCAGUUUGCUGUAACACACAAAUGUGAUGUUUACAGCUUUGGGAUGCUAUUGUUUGAGAUCGUAGGCGGGAGAAGGAAUCUUGACAUUAAUAUUCAAGACAGCCAAGACUGGUUCCCAAGGUGGGUUUGGAAGAAGUUUGAGCCUGGAGAACUAGGAGAGAUAAUGGCAGUGUGCGGAAUAGAGGAGAAAGAUAAAGAGAGGGCUGAGAGAAUUGUAAAGGUUGCUCUUUGGUGUGUCCAGUAUAUGCCUGAGGCAAGGCCUUCGAUGAGUUUUGUGGUGAAAAUGUUGGAAGGAUCUGUUGAGAUUCCUAGACCUUCAACUAACCCGUUUCAACACUUGAUGUCGGAUACUCCAUACCCAACUGCACCUGUCUAUGAUACUUCAAAUGGAACAUAUAGCACUAGCGCUUACGGUUCGGAUCCCUCACAAAUGGUAACUGGUACUCCUAUCAUGAAGAAUCAUGAGAUUGAAAUAGCCUCUACAUAGGCAGGGUGAAGUACAUUCCUCACUCUCUCUGUUCUUGCAAUAUGUCACGAAAACAUGGUGCUUCUUCCUAAGUUCCAUAUAGGAUCAAUAUUUCCGUGAUUCCAAAAUCAAUAUUAUAUAUACAGCCACAUGACUGUCUAUAUUGAAUCGUUUCUGAUUAAAGUUGAUGGAAAUUGGAAAAGCACCUUCUUUGUAUUAAUAUAAUAAUAUAUAUUCUUUGCAAACCUGCAAAAACAUAUAGCCAUCGCAGUGUUUAUUGCUCAAAAUCAUGCUUGCCUUAGUGAGAAACAUU